AUGGGUUCCAGCGCCUCGAAGCCCUCUGCUGCGGCGCCGCAUGUGUGGAAGGGGACCGCCCCGGCUGGUGUGUCGCAGGAUCUUGUCGAGCAGUUGCAGUCUAGCCCCGAGACCGACGUCUCCCGCCAACAGACCCUCGAGCUCCAAGUCCAAGCCCGCGUCGCCGAAGAACUGAAGCGUCUCCGCGCCGCCGAAGCCGCCAAGCUGCAGGACACCCUCACAUCCUCGUCCCAGUCUACCGAGCAGCAGCAGCAGGAGCAACAACAAGAGAACGACGCCGUCAGCAGACAAAAGGUCAACAAGGAAGUCGAGGCCUUGCGCGCCAAGCUCGAGGAGCGCCGCAAGGUGCGCGAGCUGCCCGAGAGCAUGGAGACGGCGCGCAGCGAGGUGGUGCGGUGCCUGCGCGAGAACGACCGCCGGCCGCUGGACUGCUGGAAGGAGGUUGAGGCUUUUAAGGAGGAGGUGCGCAGGCUGGAGAGGGGGUGGGUUGAUAAGGUUGUUGCUUAA